CCCCAUCAAUUUUCUUAAGAAAAUUCAACUCCUCCAUCAAUCAAUGCACACAAAUUCUCAUCUCAACUCAAAAAAUACUGUGAAACCGUUUCCGGUUGAUACAGAUCCACAUUCUUAAAUUUGCUACUUCAGACAAGAAAUCACAGCUCGAAAUCCAUCCCACCAAAACCCCAAAACAGGUAAUAUUCUGUCAUCACACCCUUAAAUGCCUAAUAAAUCUUCUCCAAUCCCACACUUGUAGAAUUGUAAAAUUCAGCCCCCCUCAGAAAUGGAGUCCGGCAACGGCGCUGGAGUCGAAGACGACAGGAUCGAGAAGCGCGAGAGCAUAGGAUCAAGCGCUGAGACGAGGAAACCGAAAGAGAUCAGGAGUAGUAGAAACAACCGAGUUGAGAAAAAGGAGGCAUUAGUGAAGAAGGAAUGGGGCUCUUCAUCGAGAGUAUCCGCGGCGCUGGGAAAGGCGAGCUUGAGCCAGAGCCUGUCGUUCCCGAGCCGCCACUCAGACAUCAUGAAAAGGAGCAUAGAGAUUUACCCCACUGACUCCGAUGUUAGGCUGUCUCAGAAGAACAGCUCCAAGGUGGAGUCCCGAGUUUCCCAGGCUUCGUCUACGCGUACAAGGACCAACUCUCUCCCAAAGAAGCCCUUCCCGGGAGUCAAGCUGUCUCGGAACUCUGUUUGUGAUGAUAGGAAUCUGACAUUCUCCUUUAGAUCGGAAGAGCGUGCGGAGAGGAGAAAAGAGUUUUUCUCCAAGAUAGAACAGAAAGUUCAAGCAAAGGAAGUGGAGAAGAAUGAUAUGCAAGCAAAAUCCAAGGAAAGUCAAGAGGCGGAGAUAAAGCAACUGAGGAAGAGCUUGACAUUCAGAGCUACUCCAAUGCCAAGUUUCUACAAAGAGCCUCCACCAAAAGUGGAGCUUAAGAAGAUACCGACAACACGGCCAAAGUCUCCGAAGCUGGGGAGGCAGAAGGGGAGUGGGAGUGGAAGUGAGUGUGGUAGUCCGUGCAGAUCACCCAGGUCGCCCUUGGCGAGUAAAGAUAAGGUGGAAAAGAGUCCUUUGUCGAAGAGUUCGUUGUCGAGGGCGAUAAUGCCUGCUCAACUGCAGGUUGAAGGUUGAACAUAUCAACAUUCACUCUCAUCUCAUCUAUACUUACUUCCAUUAUACUACUCCAUAUGUUAUUGUUUCUUCCUUUUUCUCUAUAGUGGAAGUACAUUUUGUUGUGAAUACUGGUGUUGGAUGUUCAAAGUUUGAGUAACAUAUAUCAGUUGGAUACACUUUAUUAUCACAAAUUUUAUGUCUA